UAUAUUUCUAAAUCCGUCUGUAGCAAGUCGGUUUUUAAGUAAAUUCUCGCAUUAAAGCGCUAUAAAAUAUUUUAUGUCAUACUAGUUUAUUAUUUUUUUUUAUUGUUUAGUUACUAACUAUAUUUAUUAAACUUUAUGCCCGUGCGUGCAUAGUGUGUAGUUUAUGGCCCGUACAGGUAAAAAGGUUAACUAAGCCAUGAAGAGGCCUUUGCUGACAUCGGUGAUUCUCAUAUAUCUGGCUUCACAAAGUCGUUUUGUUGACACGGCUCCGGCAGAACUAUCCGAAGAUUUAACAAAAGAUGAAGAAACUUUAUCGCCCCUGGACGAAAAUGUAAAAGAGCUUGAAAGUUUAAAGCAAUCAUUUGGUAAGCUGGGAAAGACCCUGGAUUUGAUUAAAUCCCAGUCGACGGAAUUUACGGACCUGAAUGGACGAAAACAAUCGCAUUCAGAAACGAAGGAGGAAAUUUUACAAAACGGUCAGACGGUAGCAAAAGUCCGCCAGAACGUCGAGACCACUUACGAAAAAGAUAAACCGAAGACGAAAAUUAAAACAGAAUUGGAUGUUCCGUCUGAGGGAAUUCACAAAAGUGUGUCACAGUCGCUUCCAGAUGAAGAGCAGAGGAAAAUUGAAACGCGCCGUUCUAACGCUAAUUUGAAUCUGCUAACCGACGAAACUUCAUGGGUUGAUAAGGGUGAGACAGCUACUGGCGUCCGAUAUUCGCCGAUGGAUGUGGCCAAAUACAUUUUUUGGACAGGAGAUGAAAAGGGAGUGACUGCAUCCAUCGAAGAAUUUUUGAGAGAAGAUAUUAUGUCUGGUGAGGAAGCUCUCGCGUUUCUGCAGGAGGUAAAAUAUGAUCUGGAUAAACUAAAGAAUCACUAUAUACAGAUGGGUUUAAACUCUUUACAAAAUACAAAGAUUACGGAUGAGUCACCGCUUCAAUUGGGAAUCAAUGCCAAAGUUGGAGUUUACGACAAGCCUGAAUUAAGGAGUAAUUUCAACAUUAAGCAACUUCGAAAGGAGAUGGACACUUCUCAGAGAGAGAUGAGAAGUAAUGCUGAUGCCACAAGAUCAGAAAAAACAUCAGAAGAAGAUUAUGACGAACUCCUAGAACGUCUUAGAGUUGCAGAUUUUCUCUACACUGAGUACUCCCUGGAAGAAGUUAUCUACCAACUUGCUAAAGUUAUGUUUACACAAAGCUUAACAAGAGGAAGCGCCGAAGCUCAACAGGCACUACAAAAAUUUACGAGUUUUCUAGAAACAGAAGCAGAACAGGGACACAUAUCACGAGCUUUAGAAAAGAAAGUACUUGAUGUUCUUAUAGCAUCACUAUCAGACACCCUCAAUGAGCACCCAGAACUCCUGGCAACGGCCCGAGAAAGCAUGAGUCCUACAGCAACAGCGAUCCAAGGACAUAACUUCAUCAGAAAAGUAUUGGAGUCAAAUUUAGACGACACCAGCCUACGAGAUCUAUAUGAAUUCAAGGAAAAAGCCAAGAACAAGUUGAUCGAACAGAAGAAAAGCAACAAGUUGCCCAAUUACUUGCAGUUCGAUUUUUCGAAGUAUAAAAUGACAUAAAAUAAAUAUUUACAUCAGUAGAGUAUUUGUAACAUACAUUAAUACGUAAUGAUAACUUUGUGUUACAGUAUUGUUCUUUUUUUCUUGCGAUUGAGAAUAAUCUAGAAAGGUUGAAUUAAUUAUGUUAGUUUUUCCACAGUUAAACCGUUGGUAAGUAUAUAAUGGCUCAAAAAAAUUGUCUUUUCUAGAUUAUUCUUAAGACAGAAUUAUUAAAAAACUAUACUUAAGACAGAAUUAUUUCUAAACUUAACUCUUAAGUUUAAUAUCAAAAAUGACAAGUCCUACCCAAAGCAGACGAAUAUUUUUCUUUUCGUACUUUCCGUACAUAUUUAGACAUACCUAUUUUAACUCCUUUCAUUUACCUCUGUUCUGGACUUCUAUAAUCCAGUAUACCUUUUCGAAUAUCACCAUGCCAUCUUAUUACAGGACUUCUUUUGCUCUGAAAUUUUCAUAUAUCGUCGAUUAAAUUGAUUGAAUGCCAUAAAAAUACUUAAAACAAUAAAUGCUUUGGUCUUAACAAAAAAUUUAUUCUUUUAGUUAGAAAGUUAAUUAGAAAAAGCGAUCAAGAACUUAUAAGGUAAAAUUCAUUGAACAACUGGCGACAAAAAAUAAUAUCGAACAAAACUACGGCAGUAUUAUUGUACCAAUACAUCGAGAUUAUGGAGAAAGCUUUAAAAUGACGUAUUACAAAGUUUGAUAUACUCAUUUAUUAUUAAUAUAAUUGCGAAAAAAAAUUCGGAAUUGCAUAAAAAAAUUAUUUUCGCAAUAACUGUUAUAAAAAUUAGUGUACAGCUUUGAAAUUUUUGUCAAAUAAGGGUUCUUUGGUGCUUAAUAUGUGAUAAAAAUUUCAAAGCGAUUCAUUCAAUUGCUUAAAUUUUAUUCAAAUUGUUUAAACCAGAGAGCAUUUUUUUGCAAUAACAUAAGUCAGAAGAAAAUGACGUUAGAACCAUUCCACAUGUGUAAAAUGAGAGAGCAUGAGCUAUAUUUUCAACUUGGUUUAAAAAAAGUGAAUAAGAAAUGCAUUUAUUAGUAAUAAACAAUUAUGCAAAAGUAUGGUAAAUCUUUCCUUAUCAACUUUUGAUUUUGUUAUAUAAGAAAUUAUACAUAUUUAUUACAAUUUUUUAUCAAUUAUGAUGUAGAUAACAUUACUUGGUAGUUGUGCACUUAAAACAGAUACUAAAACAAACAAAAACAGACCUUAAAACAAAUCCGAAAAUUAAACCAAACAUAGCUACUCGGGGAGCAAGGACCUUUCUCGUCUUUGCGGAAGAUGUGGAUGUAAAUAGUGCGACAAUCAACAUUAGUGAAGACGGAUAUUUUAUUGACAUUUGAAGAAGCUGCAUUAAAUAUCGGUCUAAAGGGAAAUGAAGACAAAACAAAAUACAUGGUCAUUUCAAAACAAGAACGGUUGCGAAUGAGGUAAAAUGUUACUAUAGACGAUCAUGACGUUUCAGUGGUUAAAGCUUUUAAAGAUCUAGGAGCAACAAUAAGAAAUGACAACAAAGUAGAACAAGAAGUUGAAACGCGACUAAUGGUGGGAAACUUUCUUUGCAAUGCAACAUCUAAUAAGGUUAAAACUUCGCUCAUAUAGUGCAAGAAUUACAAUAUACAAAAACAUAACACGACCAGCAGUCGCGUAUGCCAGUGAAACUUAAACGCUAAUAAAAAAUGUAAUAAAUGAAUUGCUAGUGAAUCCUUCGAAUUAUAUAUGGUCCUUGCAUAGAUAGCGUGGCAAGCGAAUGGAGGCGCAGACAUAUAGAGUUAAAAUUUCUCCAAGAGGAAAAUUUACUGAGGUAAGUAUAUAAAGGCCAAUAGACUAGGAGGAACAGAUGUUAUAUGCAAUAAUGGCAAUAGCCUUGUAAACAAUGUGUUUAUGCCCUAAAAAAAGGUGGAACGAUGCAGUAGGAGAGGACCUGGAGAAUAUGGGAGUGAGAUAAUGGGAAAUAAUGGCAUAGGACCGACAAACAUGGUAGGCAAUAGUAAACUCAGCAAACACACGAAGAUUUAUAACGCCAUUGAGAAUGGUGCAGAUUAUACCUGGUAUUGCUUCUUCCAUGUAUUACUGAGUUUAUGAACAAUUUUCUAUGCGUGUCUAAUUUUCUAUUCCAUAUAUCACAAGUGAAAGUAACCAUUGCUUAAGUAUUCCGAUUUUUCAUUCUCAUUGUCUGCCGUAAGUAGGUACGUUAAUAUGUAUGUUGCUGUGUUAAUGAUUUGUUCCUGGGUUAUCAGAAAUAUUUUGUUUUACGCGUGUUUACUUUUAGUCUUAUCUCUUCUGAUUGUUCUCGUACUUAUAGCAUCCCUUUUGCAGAGAUUUUUUGCGUUUAAUACGGUUUUAUCGGAGUAGUAUUAUAUAAAAAAUUCUGUCUUAACACUAUUUAGAAUUAUUUGAACUAUAUAUGUUUAUAUUUAUUUACAUAGCUAUAAAAUUAGUUGCAUAAGAUAUCUUAAUACUUGUUUUGUAGUACCAUUUUUACAUUCCCUCCAAAUGAACAUAGAAGAAUAGUUACUACCUAUAUUGGGACCCAUUUAACAAGAAACUCCCAAAUUAAUGGCUCAAUAUUACUGUAAUAUUAGAGAAGCACCUAUAUACAAAUAAUUGCUAGUGUAUACGUAAAAAAGUAGCUAAAGAAUUAAUUUUAAGAGCCUCUUAAAGUUUUAGCAUCUUUAAACUGUCAGUACGAUUAUUGCCACGAUAUUUUAAGAGAAAAAUACGUAAAAGUUAUACUUAUUGAAAUAAGAAUAUGAAAGAAAGAAAAAUAAGACAAUCUAUAUAAGCGAGCUUCCUAUACAAUUAUAAAACUGGCAAAUAUUUUAUGUAGAUAUUCAUAUUCAAAUCAGGCAACAAUUUUUUUGUCCGUCAUUCUAGUAAAGUGACUGUCCCUUUUUUUCUGCUUAGUGUAUGCUCGUUUAUACCCUAUACAUUAACAUUUUGUUCGGAUCCAGUGCCGGAUUAACCAUUAGGCAAAGUAGGCGGUUGCCUAGAGGCCUCGACCCUAAAUGGGGCCUCGUGCCUGGUAGCCCUAAAACGAAAAAAUAAUAAUUAUAAUUAAAUGAAAACUAUAAAUCACAUAUAUUGAAAAAUUCAAAUAUCGCCCAAUACCAUAAACUCGGUUUCACACGGAAAUCCACAGCUAGUGAAGCCACCAAUGAAAAAGCACGUGAUGAAAUAGAAAAAGCUGAGGAAAACAUCGCUUCCGUAACUGAAGAAGAUGAAAAAAACAUACAAUGUCAGUUAUAUUCCAGCUCAAGAAAAGAACCAAAAACUAAGCUAAGUUAGAAAUUGAAGUUACAGGUAAAUUGGGCCCAGAAUUCGGAAACAACGUAGGAUUAUGGAAUACCAUAACUGAAGAAAUAUGGAAAUUUUGGAUUGGGAAAGGUUCUUCAGAAUGAAAAAAUCUUGAUGGAAGCUUUUCAGCACCAAAAAGAAAUUUUGAGGGCAUUACACAAGAUUUUUACACAAUCUAAGGUUUUUAGAAAAUAUAUCAGUGUAACAAAAUUUAAAAGAGAUUGGCUAACGUACUCUUCCUCAAAUGAAAAUGUUUACUGCUUUCCAUGUAUACUUUUUGGCGAACAUGGCUAACAUUUGGCGAACACUCAUCGACAAGCAGCGCCUUCGUGGUCGAAUUGACAACUCUUUGGAAAUUUAAUUUGAUCAAGAACGAGGUUACUGGAUUCUUGUUUUAUCUUUUCGCGGAUUAACAUUUAGAAGUGAUACAGAGAUCUUUCGUUCACAAAAUAAUGGGAACUAGUUAAUCAUAUUAGAGCUACUUACAGAGUACGAUCCUCUUUAAGCUAAGUAUGGCAAUAACGGUACUGGAAAGCCUUCUUACUUAUCUUCAAAUAUCUGGGUAGAAGUAAUGAGAAAACACGUUUUGAAUACAAUUGUUAAAGAAGGAAGCCAAAUACUACUCCUUAAGUGUCGAUUCAAUACCAGAUUUGUCUCAUAUUGACCAGUUGACUAUUUAUUAAGAUAUCUAAAUCCAGCUGAUGGUAAAGUGUAUGAAGGUUUUCUAACACUCAUACCCAUAAGUAGCGAUACUGGAGAAAAUCUUUUUUAUGCUGUUUUAAUCGUUUAAACCGACUGGGGCAUUGAUGUAAACGACAUGAGGAGACAAUCAUUCAGCAAACAUGUUAGGUAAAUAAUAUAAUGGUAUCCAGGCUCAUUUAUCUAAGAUUAAUUAACUUGCAAUUUACAUUCUUUCUUUUCCUGCACACUCGCUUAAUUUAAUUGGAGUAAGUGCUGCUGAAAGUUGCGUUGGAGUAAUAUCGUAUUUUGAGUUUGUUCAGUCCGCGUACAACAUUUUUUCAGCCUCUACCCACCGUUGGAAAGUUAUGAUCAAAUGCUUAAAUGAAACUUCACUAAGCGAUCCCAUUCACCACAAUCUAGUCAUUAAAAGAACAAGCAGCAUAAGAUGGAGUGCAAGGACUGACGCAACAAGAGCUUUGUCUAGAGGCUACAACGUCUUUAAAUCUCCUGUGCAGUCUCUUGCUGAAAACACUAAUGAAAAGGAUAAAACAGUUUAAGAUGCUAAGUGUUUGUUUUGGGCAAUAUUUUAGAACGGAUUAACGCUGUUAGUAAAUCAUCACAGAGAGAAGAGAUUGAACUUAAAACUGCAGAUGGAGGAUGGAGAUGGAUGGGUUAAUCGAGGUGGUUUUGGAGGGAGAAGGCGGAGACCUUAAGGGGCCUCAUAGCUUGGGUUGCCUAAUGUCUAGGGGCCUAAAGAUUCUUAAUCCGGGACUGUUCGGAUCUCGUCACUCCAUAUUCGAUCUUUCAGCGGGCUUCCUGUAAUUCUUGUGAAUGUUAUUAUUUCGGCUGUUUCGUAUUUUCUGCAUAGGUACUCUGUGUAUAUUUUGGCUGUUUCCGGCCUUGUUUUUGUUGCAUAUGUCAUUAUUUGUCUUAUAAUGGCCUUAUACACUCUUGAUUUCAUCUCAGUGUUAUUGUGUCGGUUAUGCCAUUUAGUGUUAUGAAGGUAUCCCGCUAAUCUAUUUGCUCUUUGUAUUAAUUUGAUCUUUUAUUUAUUUUUCAGCAUCUCUGUGGCUGGACUAUAUAAUAUAUUUGUACUCUCGUGGUAAGACUAGUUGGUCAUCUACAUUUGUCUACCACCCAAUAUUAUCUCUAAUACUUUAUUCUUCUCUACCAUUUUAUCUUUAAAAAGGCUAAGAAUUAAAGGAAAAUAAUUCCUUUAAAUCUUAGCUUCUCCGUUUUCUUCUACUAUUCUAGUAUUUUUUACAGUAUUUCAUCAACUUUAGUCAAUCAUUAACCAUUCAUUUAACCUCAAUGUCCUCAACUAUGGCAAUAUUAUUUUGUAUAAAAUAACAUUAAAAAUAUUACUUAUAGACAUUCAUAUACGAACUUUUUUCGCUUCAAAAGAGCAAAAUGUGUCAAAAUACAGGUAGAAAAUAUUCUUUCCAUUUUUUCACUUUUAAAACAUUUUUUUUCGACAAGUUUCUCAUCUCAUUAACUGCAUAUUUCUUUACAGCUUAUUUAAAAUAGAUGUAUUAUGUUAUAGAAAAUAGUACCUAAUCAUUUUAGAUAAAUCUUACUAAGAGUACCUUAAAGUAAUUUAUUACAACAUUAUCUUCCAACAGUAACAGAAAAAACAUGGAUCGUUCUAAGAUAUUGACUUGAUUUUUUAUUGCUUUAAACUUUUUGUAUUAGCUGGGGAGAUUUCCUGGAGAAUAUGUUAUCUUCUUUUGUAGUGUAAGUGUAAGUCUUUUUUAACAAAUAGAAGGAAACGAACAACAUACGUGAAUCUAGUAAAUACAAAAUCAAACUCUUAUCUUACAAUUUAUGGAAAUAUAGUAAUUGCAUUCAGACAUACAUCAGAGAGAGAAACUACAGAAGUUAUGUAAAUAAAAAAUAGACAAAUCAUUUGAGUGGUUAGCGUACAAAGGCACCAUCCACUUUGAUGACCAUAAACGAAAACGAUUUAAUAAUCUAUUUUUUACGAAAUUCGAAAUGUGCAAAAGUUUACAUUUUUUGGCAAAAUCUUGCUAAAGUUUUGACCAAUAAAGGCAAUAGGUGGCGUAGAAGAACAAUAAUUCGUCAACCUCUCGUGUUUGGAUCGAUAAUCAACAUAAUUUUAUUCGAUAAUAAGACAAUCAAAUCUGUGAGAAUCAUCGCCAUAUAGGUUUAGGAUAAGACAGUUCUAAUAUAGUGUAUUAUAAGAAGAUCUAUAUCCAAUAGUGUUGAAAUGGCAAUUAAAAACUGAGUGGGAGAUAGAAAAUUUUAAUUUAGAAUCUAAAACAUUUUGUGUUGCCAUUAUUUACCAUAGCCUACAAUUUGAAAAAUUAAAAAUAUAAUACCACAAUUCUGUGUGAAAAAAUAAUUAUAAAGGGUGUUUCAUUAAUAAUUGUCCAUAUAGUAACUGGAAAAACCUUAGCACAAAAUACGAAGAUUUAACCUAAAACACUUAAAUAAAAUGUGGUUCCUUACUGAGUUACAGGGUGUUUUAUCUAAAAAUUUAAAAACUAUUUUUGCUUAGAAUUUUAAAACUAUUCGACGUAUCCUAUUCAUACUUGUCAAAAAGUGCGACUACUAGACACCCUACUAAAGUAUGAUAAACAAAGGUUUCUAGCUACUACCAGAGGCGUACGACAAGGGAUGGUGAAUGGUUGACCCUUCCCAAAUUCUACGCCACUGGAGGAAUUACGAUUUCAGUGCUAUUUUUAGAUUAUCCAAUACUUUUGACGUAAAUAAUAUACUCUUCAUUGGUAACGAUAGUCAUUAGUUUUCGAGAUAUUUGAAGUUAAAUAUGAGACGGCACAGUUAUUUUGAUUAAUUUAUGAUAUAAUUCAUAUGAUUAAAAUUUAAAAAUUAUUUGUACCCAGUACUUUAAAACUAUUUGGCAUAUCCUUAUCAUACUUGGCAAAAAGUGUAGGUAUUGUGCACCCUACUAAAUUAAGAUAAAUAAACGUUUCUAGCUACUACCAGAGGCGUACGACAGGGGAUAGUGGCUGGUUGACCCUUCCCAAAUUCUACGCCACAGACGAAAUUGCUAUUUUUGUGUAAUUUUUUGAUUUUGCAAUACUUUUUAUGUAAAUAAUAUACUCUUUAUUCGUAACGAUAAAAUGAUUAGUUUUCGAGAUAUUUGAAAUUAAAAAUGAAGCGACACAUUACAUUAAUCAAAAUAACCGUGUCGUUUCAUUUUUAACUUCAAAGAUCUCGGAAACUAAUGCCUUUAUCGUUACGAAUGAAGAGUAUAUUAUUUUCAUAGAAAGUAUUGGAGAAUCCGAAAAUUUAACUAAAAUAGCAAUUUCGCCAGUGGCGUAGAAUUUGGAAAGGGUCAACCAUUCACUUUCCCCCGUCGUACGCCUCUGGUAAUAGCCAGAAACGUUUGCUUAACAUAAUUUAGUAGUUUGUAUAGUACCUAUACUACAUGCCAAGUAUGAAAAGGAUACGUCGAAUAGUUUGAAAAUGCUGAGGAAAAAUAAUUUUUAAAUUUUUAGAUAAAACACCCUGUAACUAAGUAAGGAAGCACAUUUUAUUUUAGUGUUUUAGGUUAAAUCUUCGUAUUUUGUGCUAAGGUUUCUCCAGUUACUAUAUGGACAAUUAUUAAUGAAACACCCUGUAUAUAAUACCUAAAUGCACUAAGAAUGAAUUUAAGAAUAUCAUUUUAAGUUGAUAAAACAUAUCAGUGUAAGAUUAAGAAGAUCCAAGUUGGUAUACAGCAAAAUUCGCAAAUAAGUUAUGAAGAAGAGAAUUUAUCUAGAUAGACACUUUGCACAGAAGCUUAAAACUUAUAUUAUAAACUCGGUGACAUCUUUAAUCUCUACAAGAAAAUUGAGGAUAUUCGAUAAAAAAAGAUACAUAAUGACCAAGAUGAACUAGGAAUGUAUCCUGAUUCAUAUCCAUACAUUUCUGGGUCAGCAGCACAGUUUAGUUAGAUGCUACAUAUCCCUAGUGUUUUUAUGAAUCAUAGACACUUGCAGAUACAGCUGCGUACAGCGUGUAUUGGAGACCGUCGAUUAAAUCAAUGAAAUACUGAAAGGCGCAGUAUGUAGAAAUUGUUUCUUCAGAAAACUCUAACAAACAUGAAGCCUUGAGAAUAUAUCUGAGAAAGCUCUUCAAUAUAAACACUAUUUACAUACACAUUUUACUGAUGUUGUCCAUUAAGAAAAAAUGUUCAACAGAAUGCUCUUGUCAAUAUAAUUUGUAGUAGUUAUUUUGAAUAACUUAAUUCUUUCCAUAUGCCGGUGUCUUGUGGGAGUUAAGGAGACCUAUGUCCAGUAGUGAACGUAUACAGGUUUAUGAUGAUGAUGAUGAUGGCGAUGAUUUUGGAUGACAUAGGUCUGGAUCGACGAUGAAUUCAGAUAAUAGCCGGUUUGUACUGCUAUCAGCUAUCUGACAUUAAAAUUAAAGGACAGAGGUCCAAAGAUUAGGAGGAAUAGUCUAUCUCCGGUUUUGUUCAAUUUAUUUGAGAAAAGACGUUUGAAUAAGCUUUGCAAGACAGAACAGAAGAUAUAAUUGCCAGCCGAGGAAUAUUCAACAACUUAAGAUAUUCUGAAGGCACAGUUUUGCUAUCCAUGGAUCAAAAUGAUUUAUAGAUUGUAGAUACUUCUAUCAGUGGCACCAGACAAUAGUAAAGAAAUAUAGGUAUUUGAAAGUUAAUACAAAGAAAACCAAAUAAAUGACUAUCAGCCAAAAAUAUAGCUAACAAGCCAUAUGAUAUCAGACUAGAUGGAAAAACAAAAAAUGAAAAGUGGGAUUUAUCUCAGGAAAUUAGAAAAUUAAAAACAGGAUUGUAAAAGCCAGGGUGAUGGACUAUCGUGUCUCCUAUUUAACCUGGCAUUAGAAAAAAAUAAUUCGAGAGUCCCAGAUUCCUACGAAUACGAAUGGUACUUUCUUUAACAAAUCAGUACAAACUCUCGGAGACGCAGAUGACAUACACAUCAUAGAUAGAUCCAAAGAAUCUCUGACUGAAGCAUUUCAAAAGAAGAUGAAUGUUCAAAAGACCAAAUAUAUGUGUUGCACUAGGUCAAGCAACCCGACACCUAUGUACAAGAAUAAUAAUUGAUGAUCUAGAACUAGAAGGUGUCGACACCUUCAUAUACUUAGGUUCACUGCUAACUAAAGAUAACAAUGUCAGUGAAGAAAUUAAAAGAAGAAUAGUGCCCGCCAAUAAGUGUUACUAUCGCUUGAGAAGACAGAUGGCCUCAAAAAUACCUAGAAAAAUUAAAUUGAGUAUAUCAUCAUCAUCAUGGUGCUACAGCCCUUAGAGGGCCUCGACCUUCUCAAGCGUUCUACGCCAUUCUGUUCUGUCCCUUGCCUGCACUUUCCAGUUGCCGACUCCGAUCUUCUCGGCAUCUUGUGUUACCCCGUCCAUCCACCUCAACUUUGGUCUACCCCGUCUUCUCAUUCCCACGGGUUGAGCUGUUAGAAUCCUUAUUUUCAUGUUCGAUUCAGGGGCUCGGGCUACAUGUCCUGCCCACUGCAGGCGAUUUCGCUUAAUUAUAGUGAUAAUAUCUUUCCCACCAAACGUUUGCUUGUAGAUGUUCUGCAGUUCAAAGUUAUAUCUACGCCUCCAUAUUCCGUUCUCACAAACCGCUCCGAAUAUCUUGCGUAGUACCUUUCUUUCAAAAAUUGAUAGAGCGGAUUCAUCUCUUUUAGUUAGCGUCCAUGCCUCUGAACCAUAUGUGAGAACGGGGACUAUCAAUGUUCUAUACAGCCUUAUACGAGUUUUUUGAGACAAACGUUUGUUAGAUAAGUACUUUGAUAGACCAUGAUAACACCUGUUUGCAAUUAUUAUUCGCCUUUUUAUUUCCUCAGAUGUGUCAUUAUUGGGGUUAACCGAUGUCCCUAGAUAUAUGAACUCUUUGACCGCUUCGAAGUUUUGGUCAUUGAUGAUUAGAUCUGCGUCAACAUUUCCAGCUCUUGUGUUUGUGUUGGUCGCCAUGAAUUUUGUUUUAUUUUGAUUUAUAUGUAACCCCAUUAGUUCUGCUGCUGCUACUAGAUCGGUUAGGAUUUCCGCAGUUCUCGCCCUGGUUCUUGUUAUAAUGUCCACGUCAUCUGCAUAUGCAAGAAUUUGGACUGAUCUAUUAAAUAUUGUUCCUCUGCUUUCUAAAUUAGCGUCUCGUACAACUUUUUCUAAGGCUACAUUAAAAAGCUGACACGCCAGCGCAUCUCCCUGUCUUAACCCCUUAUGUAUUUCGAAUGGGGUUGACGAGUCGUUCUGAAUUUUUACUGCUGAUAGCAUCUUCGCCAUUGUCACUUUUAUCAUAGAUAUGAGUUUUUUUGGAAUUCCCAACUCAUUCAUAGCAUUGUAAAGACUUGGUCUUAAGACACUGUCAUAUGCCGCUUUAAAAUCGACAAAAAUAUGGUACAUACCUAUGUUAAACUCUUACGCUUUUUCGAGGAUCUGUCGUAGUGUAAAGAUCUGGUUAAUGGUUGAACGUCCGCGCCUGAAUCCUGCCUGAUAUUCUCCUAGAAACGUUUCAGUAUAGGGCUUCAAUCUCUCGUGUAGAAUGUUUGACAAUAUCUUGUAUGCUUUAUUUAGGAGAGUUAUUCCGCGGUAAUUAUUGCAUUCCAGUUGGUUUCCCUUUUUGUGUAACGGGCAUAUUAAGCCUAAACUCCAUUCUUCAGGCAUUUGCUCCUCAGACCAAAUUUUACAAACAAUUUCUCGCAUCACCUUGGUGAUCUGCUCUCCACCGUGCUUAAAUAACUCUGCUGGGAUGCCAUCGCUGCCUGGAGAUUUGUGGUUCCUUAGUUUUUCAAUAGAUAUUUUCACUUCUUCUACCGAGGAGGUUCCACGAGCUCCUCAUUUCGGUAUUCCAGCUCUAUGUUGUUAGUAGGUAUUACAAAUUGAGUAUAUACAAAACACUAAUAAGAUCAGUGCUAACAAAUAUGGUUCAGAAACUUGGUCACUUACACAGAAUGACCAAGAACUGCUCAAACGUUUUGAGCGAAAACUCCUAAGACUAGACUAAGAAUAUAUGGAGGCAUAAAAGAAUAAGGUUUGUGGCGUAGGCAUUACAACUUUGAGUUGUAUAGAAGUUUUGGAGAACCUGACGUUGUAAAAUGCAUUAAGGUAGCACGCCUUAGAUGGAUAGGUCAUGUAGUCAGACGAGAGGAAGAUGCCAUAGUCAGAAAAGUUUUUGACCGAAGAGGGCCGAUAGGACAACGAGCAAGAGGACGACCGAGACUUAGGUACCAACACAACCUAGAAAAUAACUUGAAAUCUAUUGGAAUUAGAGCAUGGAGAAUAGUUGCCAGAGACAGAGGCGAACGGAGGAUUGUUCUGAAGAAGGCUUUGGCUCAUAAAGAACUGUAACGCCACUGAUGAUGGUGAUGAUUGUAAAAGCUAAAACAUUAUUUAGAAGAUGCAAAACGUUUAACCAACAAAGGGCGAUGAAUUACUAUAAGAAUGCGGUUAAUCAGCAUUUUGCUGAAUGAAAGCAUGGCCUUUCAGUGAAGUAAUGUGUAAAAGAAUUGAGGCCUCUGAGAUGUGAGCGGAAAAAUGGGGAUAUCGUAGAUCAACAGAGUGACAAAUAAAGAAGUUUUGCAGCGUCUAUAAAGAUAAAUUCUGCGUACCAUAAAAAGGAAAAAGUUGAAAUACUUUGCCGCGUGAUGAGAAAUCCCAAAUAUGAAGUAGGUACUACAUGUAAUUAUUCAGAGAAAAAUAUAAAGCAAACGUGGUUGUGCAUGACGAAGAACAUACUGGCUCAAGAAACUCUCCCAGUGGUAUAGAGUCAGCAACAUGACAUUAUUUAGGUCCCCUGAGGACAAAGUAACGAUCAUGUGACAUGCGACUGGUCGCCAAUGUUCUGGGAGGACAAGACACUUAAAGAAGAAGAAAAAUCGUUUUAUCAUUAUAAAAAAAAGUUUUAAGACUAAAAUCGUUUUAUUAUUUAAUAUUAUUUUGUUACUGAUUUAAAUUAUUUUAUUUGUAUCUUACAGCGGUCCAUGUGGCGCAUUUUUGAUCUCAUGUAGUGACUAUAUUUAUGUACGACAUAAUAUCAAUUCGUAGGUAUAAUAGGAGAAUAAUGUCCACUAACCGUACUUAUUUUAAAGGACCAAAUACCUAAUAUAUCUCUUAAAACAGCUUGAUGUACUGACAUAUACAUUCUACACUGUAAAAAAGGAACUAUUAGUUUUGUUUAGGAUAAUUUGACUGAGAACGUAAGUGCUGGAAAAUGUAUAUAUUAUAGAGGUUAUUAUAAACAGAAAUUUAAUAAAUGUAUAAAUGCA